ACUCUUUAUAGCUUGAAACAACACAACUAUCCUUUAUAAAGUUAUACUGAUACUCAAAGGUGCAAGUGUUGGCUAUGCUGUUGUAUUUAGAGUUGAUUUCGGCAGAACGAAGAAAAAACGAGACUUCAGUGAAAACYUAAGGCGUUGUAAAUAUGCUGCUGUUUCUUCCAGAUGUUUUUGACCGUUUUGAAUAACUGUAUAAUAGAGAUUCACAGGAAGACUUAUAACAUGUUUCCAAUUUGUUAUGUUUUGUAUUAUGCCAUGAAAUGAAUGGGAAAUGUUAGUUCAGUUAAUAAAAAUGUUUCUGUAAACAGUUGUUUUGGUGAUUUCAUAAAAGCGCAAUACCUGUGCUGGCCGCUAGAUGGAGUCUGUUUACAUAAGGACUUAACAUCACUGCGCAUGUCUGUURAGCUCAACCAACAUGGCGGCCUCCUGUAUGACAGCAGUUCGAACAUCUCUGACAGGUGUGCAUCUUGUUUCCUGUCGGUCGCUCCUCAGGCAGCGCGUUCAAACCCCAACAGUGUGUCACCGUUUGCGGGUCCAUGUUUCCCCCUCUGCCGGGCUGUGGAGCUCCAGGACGGAGCCGCAGGGCACCGAGCGGACACAGAGCUCAGCCGGCAGCAGGAGAGCAUACGAGGAUUUGGGGGGUCCUGAAUACAUCCCCCGGAGAAAGGCAAAGAACCCGAUGAUGAUUGUAGGCUUUGCCUGGUUGAUAGGACUACCCAUGGGCYUCAUCAGCUUCCUGCUGGUCAAGAGACAGGUGGACAAAAACCGCCUAAAGCAGCUGAAGAUUCGACAGCGGAUGAAACGAUCAAAUGAAGGCGAUUAUGAAGGGAGUCGCUAUCUCAGACACAGACAGAGUGAAAAACUGGACUAAUAUGACUCACAACACAUCCUGUGUGACACCAGCACUACUGAGGAGAGAUAUAAAAAAAGAAGUGUACACAUUAAAUAAGAAUCAUCACUGGUGUAACUGCAUAUAAACCACACCACGCCUCAGCAAAUAAACAAUUUAUUACAUGUUUGAAAGCAAACAGCUUCUCUUAAAGACUGAUUUGUAUAUUUACAACCUUUCACCUACACUAAACUUUUCUUUACACCYUAUGUUGAAKUUGAAUYAAGGCUUUUCUAGA